AUGGAAUCCAGCCAGAACCAGGAUAUGCAGCAGAUUUUCGUCAGUUCCACAAGAAACAGACCGCAACGAACCUACUCACACAAGGGGAGAAGCAACCGGACCUUCUCCCUCCCCUCACUCAAACCUGUCUCAAACAGAAGCCUUCCCGCCAGCACCUAUGCCGUUCUAACCAGGCCUCUAGUCACCUCGCCUGUCUCUCCGCCCAGACACAUUCGAACUACACCUAGUUUUUCCGAACAAGAUGAAUCAGAUCCUAAAGACGAAACUGAGGACGACCUUGUAUUCCUCGCUCAGCGGCCUCUGAACUACAACCUUAAACACGACCGGCGGACAGGAAAUGGAACGAGGAGCCUACGACGGCGCCCCUUCCUCAUUUUCGACAGGAUCGAGGCCAAGGGCUACAAGCAGCUGGAGAAGAUACCCCAAGUCGGCAAGGCAGACCCAUCAUUGCGUUAUCAACCGGGCGAUGGCUUCUCUGGGCGUGAGGCCAAGCCGAACGGCUCUAACCUCUUGGCUCGAAAUGGGAAGAUGACAUUCACUAGCCCUCAUGUGGGCAUUCUCGAUCUCACCCAGUCAGAGCUGCCUGCUGCAGAGCGGAAGCGAGCUGCGUGUAGAGCACACAGAGAUGACAACUCAUUCGUGCCAGCUCCGAAGAAGAAAGUCCGUCGUGUUCUGGGCCCGAAAGACCCAAAUCAACAAGCAAAACCCACAAUGGGGCUUGCAGACCCAGCGAAGAAAAGCGCUUCCACGCUUGAUGAAGUAGCGAGCACCAAGGCGGAACGAGAAAUCAUCAGCGAGCGCUCGGGACAUGUCCAGGCGAGUGGACACGCUAUAGAACACCAGCACGAAGCCCUCAUCACUGAGGGGAACCAG